UUGUGUUUCCGGAAAUAAAAUGGCGGCCUCCGCUAAUAUUCGAGUUAUCGCUCAAAAUUUUAUGAAUGUUAAGAAAUUAAAGAUUAAAAACGGACAGAAGAUUUCAAAAGGAGGCAUCACAAUUAUUUAUAUAACAUCAAACAAUGAAAUUCAGCGGUUAAAAUCAAGUGACAACGGAAUUGUGAAGGAAAUUUUUGUUUCUGAAGGCGACUGUGUGCAAGAAGGGUUUGUAUUGUAUGCUGUGGAAGGAUGCUCCCAUCCUACAGUGAUGAAGGACAUGUGUGCAGACUGCGGGGCAGAUCUCAGAGUGGAGAACUCGCUGGCAGGUGACAGAAAGGAACAGGCGAGUGCCUCUGUUGCCAUGGUGCACAGCAUUCCUGAGCUGGUUGUCAGUGAACAGCAAGCGAAGGAGAUUGGGAAGGCUGAUGAAGAUCGGCUUGUGAAGACCAGGAAGCUGGUCCUGCUUGUUGACCUCGAUCAAACCCUGGUGCACACCACAAACGACAAUAUACCACCAAAUCUAAAGGAUGUUGAGCAUUUCCAACUCCCUCACGGCAACAAGAUGCUGUGGUACCACACAAGGCUGAGACCGGGCACCAAAGAGUUCCUGGAGAGAAUAUCUAAGCUGUACGAGCUUCACAUCUGCACGUUUGGAGUGAGACUAUACGCGCACACCAUCGCAACAAUUCUGGACCCCAAACUGAAACUGUUCUCCCAUCGUAUCCUGUCCAGGGACGAGUGCUUCAGUCCACAUGCAAAAACUGCCAAUUUGAAGGCAUUGUUUCCAUGUGGCGACUCCAUGGUUUGCAUUAUCGAUGAUCGAGAGGAUGUGUGGCACUUUUCCCCCAACCUGGUCCAUGUGAAACCCUACCGGUUCUUUCAAGGUACGGCCGAUAUCAAUGCCCCUCCUGGACUGUCAAAGACUGAGGAAGAUGAUAAACCUAUGACGCACAAAGUGAGAAGAGUUUCUCAGUCAGGUAUGGAGAGCACUGAUAGUACGAGUGAAGAAAUCACAAAACUUGAAAAAGAAAGUCCUAAAACAGAUAGUAAAAGUGAAUUGAAGUCAAAACCAGUAAAUGAAAUUGCUGAUACUGAUAAUAAAACAGAAGAGUCCAAACCUGGAAAUGAAAAGGAUCAAACUGGUAGGAAAGCUGAAGAAAAGCAAAAGCAUGUGAAUGAACUUGCUGAAAAUGAUAGUAAAAUGAAAGACCAUUCAAAACAAGAAGCUGAAACCGCUGGAAUCGAUAGUAAAAUGGAAGGUAUCAAAGAUGAUACAAACGAAGGGGACAGUGAUGACAAUAAACUGCUUAUUAAUGAAGGUAAUUCAGAUGGUGAUGCAAAGGAUAGAAGUGAUGCAAACCAAGAAAUUAGCAGUAAAGAAAAAGUAAAAGAAGAAAAAUCUUCUGAUAAUUCUAAACAAGCUAAAGAAAGUGAUCAGCAGCAACAAAAUAAAAAUGAAACGGAUGUAAAACAGAAAACACCUGAAACAGAAACUAAAUUAAAUGAAGAUUUUAUUGAAUGGGAUGAUGAAGAUGAUUAUUUGUUUUACCUGGAAGAAAUAUUAAAAACCAUUCACUCCACAUUCUAUGACUUCUAUGACCAAAUAAAAAGAAAUGAAACUGAAGGAAUAGAUGUGAAGGAUUUGGACAAGCCAAGUCUGAAAAAUAUAAUUCCAUACAUGAGAAAGAAGGUUCUAAAAGGAUGCAAUAUCGUAUUUAGUGGGGUAAUACCAACAAACAUGAAUCCAGAAAAAAGUCGAGCAUAUGUUGUGGCAAAAGCCUUAGGUGCAACAGUGCAACAAGAUUUUCUAUACAAAGAGAAUGAAAAGGACCCAACUAACUAUACGACUCACCUAGUUGCAGCAAAACAUGGAACAACGAAAGUUCGCACUGCCUUGAAAUUAAAGUGUAUAAAGAUAGUGAACAUAGAUUGGCUAUGGUGCUGCACUGAAAGAUGGGAAAAGGUUGAAGAGAUUUUAUUCCCACUGGCAGAGUUGGACAACGGUUCAGGAAGAGACAGCCCUGAUCCUCAGAAGAUGAAAAAAGAGCUGAAACGAAAGGUUGGAAAAACUGAAAUUGGAAACAGCCAGAGCAAGAAAAGGCAAAAAGUUGCACCAACUGGAAAUGGUGAAGGAGACGAGAAUGAUUUAAAUGCUGAAAUUGACACUGAGCAAGAAACUCCUCCCACUGCAAUGGCAGAGACAGUUGAUAGUUCUAAACCUGAAGCAUUCUCAAUGUCAUACAAUCCUAUUUUGGCUUUCUCGGACGAUGAUCUCGCAUACAUGGACAAAGAAGUGGAAGAUGAAAUGGACGAUGAAUUUAAUGAAAGUUCUGAAGAUGAAAACUCUAGGGAUGUUAGAAUUCGAACAUCUGUGUUGAAGAGUGAACACCUGGCUGACUUGGAUGUUUCUGAAAGCGAGGAAAGCUUGAGUGGAGAUACCCCUAGAGGUUGGGGAUUGAAAAAACUUUCUCCUAGAAGUUCAUCAGAUGAAGAAUUGAAAAUAUCAAAUUCACCAGUUAGAGAGGAGGUCGGGCCCGAGUAUGAGAGUGAAACUGAUCAGGAUAAGUUUGAAAAGAUCAUGGAUGCUUUUGGUCCAGAAACAGAAGUUUCUGACAAUGAAGAGUAUCAGGAGUCUGUUGGGUCCGUCGAUGAUGAAAUUGCAGAAGCAGUCAUAAAAGAGUUCUUGUCGUAGUUUCAUGUGUGCUUUCAAUUGUUUGAAAGAGUGGCCAUAAUUCUGGCAGCUUGGAAAUUUGAACAUUUCAUAUUGUUUACAAUUUGAUAAAUGCCUCUGUCAUUUCGAUAUAAAAGAAUCCGUUUAGCAAAGUUACAGAACAUUUUCACUGCUUUAUAAUGUACAUAUUGGGCCAUUUGCGACGUCUAUAUGCAUAUAAGGACUUGUCUAUUUAUAGAAUAAAAAGUUGUUAUGAUGUU